AUGUUUUGACUAUAGCAAAGAAAAGAGUAAGAUCAACUGUAAGAGUUGUAAGAAUGCUGUACUUGCCUCCUCGCUAUUGGUGGGGCGAAAUCAAGUAGUAACAAGAUAUCUUUUAAUUGGAUAAUACCUGACCUAGUUCCUCGUACGUUGACUUUCUUGCCCACAAUUGCGGCAUAGGACAAUCUAGUAAGAUACGCAUGCAUAGAUACCUGUCAUUGGCUUUUACUCCCAUGCAUAUGCUUUAUCAUAGGCAUAUAUAGUCUCUGUCUAUUAGAAGGUCCCUCUUUAUGUUCUCAUAAGGGUCGACAACAAGCAUGGAGCUGUGUGCUGCAGUUCUCUUGUUCUACAUCUUGCAGUAUACCAGCAGCCAGCCAGAUAGUUGAGGUAUAUGUAUGCCUGCAUGGUUGAUAAUACAAAUGCUGGAUGGAAAGCCUAUAAAAGAGGAAAAUGGAACCAUUUGUCAAAACCAUACUUGAAGGUUUCAUAAGGAUUGAUUGUGGCAUCCCGGAAAACUCUUCGUAUCAAGAUCUCACUUCAAGCAUAAUAUAUGUCUCAGACCAUGGUUUCAUCAGCUCAGGAGAAAACCACAACAUCUCUGCAGAUUACAUCAAGCCAUCACUAGCACAGCGAUAUUACAAUGUCCGCUUCUUUCCAGAUGGCACACGGAAUUGCUACACGUUGAGAUCCUUGGUUGCCGGAAACAAGUACUUUGUUCGCGCAGCCUUCUACUAUGGGAAUUACGAUGGCCUGAACAUGCUUCCUGUUUUCGAUUUGUACCUGGGGACAAAUCGUUGGCAUGAAGUUCAGUUCAGUGAUGCAGGUGCAACUAAUUGGAUGGACAUCAUAGUUGUGGCUCCUGCUGAUUACCUUCAAGUUUGUUUGGUCAACAAAGGGAUGGAAACUCCAUUCAUCUCAGGGAUGGAUUUGAGGCCACUGAAGAGUAAUCUUUAUCCAGAGGCAAAUUCUAGUCAACCUCUUGUGCUGAUCAAUUCCAAUCGAUUCAACAUAGGGCUCACAGAUGAUUCCAUAGUUCGGUACCCAUUGGAUCCCCAUGAUCGUAUCUGGUCAACAUUUGACACGAUCCCAAGCUGGAAAGAGACAUCUGCAACAUAUGCCGUUCGGAAUUACCUAACUGAUGCCUACGAUGUGCCAUCGGCCAUCAUGCAAAAUGCCGCAACACCUGCCAAUGGCUCAAGAAUUGAUUUCUCUUGGAAUCCAUCUGAUCCCUCUGUGAAUAUCAGCUCCAGAUACUUCUUUGUUUUCUACUUUUCUGAAUUGCUGAGUGUAGCAAGCAAUGAACUGCGACAGUUUGAUAUAAUUGUCGAUAACAGAUGGAACACAAAACCUUACACUCCACCAUACCAAUUUGCCGAGUCCUUUUCUGGCACUGUGCAGGGGCAGGCAGGGCAUAGCGUAUCACUUGUUGCUACGAAAAACGCGAAACUCCCACCUAUUCUCAAUGCCAUGGUGAAACCCAUAAGUGAGACUGCAACCAAUCCUGGAGAUGCUAGAACCAUGAUGGCAAUCCAAGAAACUUUUGGUGUGAGCAAAAACUGGAUCGGUGACCCAUGUGCUCCAAAAGCUUUUGCAUGGGAAGGAUUGAACUGUACCUAUCCUCCAGUUGGUCUCCCAAGAAUAACAGCAUUCAACUUGUCUUCGAGUGGGUUGGCCGGUUCAAUUGCUUCUUAUUUAGGAGAUCUGAAAGCGCUCCAGUCCCUGUAGGAGUUCCAGAAUAUCUCACUCUAGACGAUAAAAUUUGCUACAACAUUUUUGUUUCAGUAUUACUUGCAAAAUCCUCCCCUCUGCUUGUUUUUCAUUGGUAUGUUUGAAGAUUUCUGCACUGUUUAGUAUAGUGUAACUAAAAUAGCAUAUAUCUUGGAGGAAACUAAAUUGUCUAUAUCAAAAGAAUGUGGUUGGUUUGGGCCCUCCUACAGGGGGUAGUUAUAGUGGUCGCCAACCUAAGGUUGUGGUCGGCCUAGAUUACGUAGCGGCCCUAUAGGGUGAGGCCAGGGUUUGGAGGUUUUCUCGGCCGGUAUGGCUGGGGUCUUCUCUCCUGUAGAAAACCAUGGGGGCGGUCUUUCCCCCACCGGCUGAGUUUUUUAUAUAAAAAGAAUUGGCACACUAGCCAUAUUCUAAACCAACAGGAUUCCUUACACACAUCUCUAAGAUAAUUGGCAAUGUUUGCGGCUGAAUUACUGAGCAGAAUGUUUUAAGAUUCAUACAGUAUAUGGCAGUAAAUUUGUUGAAUUUCAUUUGUUCCUGUUUAGCCUGUAUGCUUGGUUACUUGUUCUCUUUCUUGUAUGUCUUCACCAAACUCUAAAAGUUCUACCUUUUUAAAGAAAACUAUGAUGUGAAAUAUAUGUUUUAAGAGAGAAGAGGAAGCCUAUUUGCAGUCUGUCAUAAAGUUAAGCUCAUAUAUAGUACUACCGAAACAUUUUAUUCCCCAUACCUUAAACCUAUUUCUUACAACUGUUAUCUAUCUCAGGGAUUUGUCACACAAUAACUUGUCUGGCUCCAUUCCAAAUUAUCUUGGGCAGCUUCCAUUACUAGUGUUUCUGGAUCUCUCCAGCAAUGAUCU